AUGAACAAAAAGUCUCAAGAAAAUCGAGGGGAAGGGACGUGGGGAGUGGGGUAUAAUACAUUGGGUUAG